UUGAGAAGUCAAUGGGGGAAGCGAACAAGUCUUUCUUUGUUGUUAAUUUUCUCGAUCUCUAAAGGUACAUCCUAGAUUCGAGACAAUGUUUUAAGUAGUUGAACUCCAACAUCGUGAAAGUGAUAAAUUGACACGUUUUCAUUUUCGUCAAAACAACUUUAUAUUGAAAGCGUGCCUUAGAUUUGACUGUUUGCACAAGCGCAGUUUGGCGCGAGACGACCAUUUGGAUGAAGUGUUUCUACGCAUGACGUCGCCUACAAGUGUGAUCAGCCUAUCUUCAUACUGGACGAACACUGUUAUCUACAUCUCUGCCUGUAGGCUCCUUUUUCUACGUAGAGAAUGUGAAUGGCGAAAGAUGACAUGGCAGAGGUAGAUUCAGCAUCCAGUGGAGCGGAACCCACGCGCGGGCUGGAGAUAGCGUUCCCAUACGAGGAGUAUGAAUGCAAAAUAUGUUACAAUUAUUUCGACCUUGACCGUCGCGCACCCAAGAUUUUAGAAUGCUUGCACACAUUUUGCGAGGAGUGCCUGAACACUCUCCAUCUCCGCGAAGAGCGUCCAUGGCGAAUCAGCUGCCCUAUAUGUCGCCACAGGACGCCCGUGCCGGACUAUCGGAUACAAAACCUGCCCAAUAAUACCAAGGUAACGGAGGAUUUCCCAUUGUACAUUGACUCUGACCCUCUGCCUCAGGAUGCCUUGCCCCUCUACCCUCCUCCGUUGCACCCCGCACUCGUCGCCCUCAGGCGCGAGGAGGCAUCGGGGGCGUCCACGAGCCAAGCUACCCCCUCCACUACCUUGUCCACCGCCACUACCCUCUCCCAGGACUCCGUGCGCUAUGACAGCUGUCAGAGCUGCAAGCGGGUUGCCCUGACUACGGGCUGUGUGUGUGUGAUAUUCUCCUUUCUGUCCAUGCUGGUUCUGCUCUUCAUGGGCCUGAUCUUCGUGCACAGUCACAGCAACCCGCCCUCGCCCGCGGGCCCCAUCUGCCUGUCGGUGGCCAGCAUCCUAGCCAUGUUCUCGGUGGUCGUCACGUGGCUGAUCUGCUGGUUAAAAUAUAGACCAGAUCACGAGUCAGGCCGCUCGUCUGGAACGAAUAGGAGGAACGCCUGAUAAUGAAGAUGCUAAUCAUGAUGAUAAUGUGAUGUGUGUGUGAUUACGUAAAUACUGCUGUAUACUAGCAUAAUGUCCCUCCCUCCCUUCACUUGUUGUUGUUGAAAUAAACAUUGUCCAGAAUGGCCUUUUAACAGUAGGAUAUAGCAAGCACCAUGUAAACUCCUUCAUCUGCUUAUUGAGUACUAAGCCUACAGUAGCCUACCAUUGAUACAUUCAUACAGGCACUUGUAUGUCUACCUAUGGCAGGUUUCUAUGAUGAUGGGUAACCUUGCCUGAGACCUAAAUGAACUGCCUGUCGCUCCCAGAACAGACUGGUUGAUUGCUGGUUGAUUGAGUUGAGGACUGUGGUUUGAUAACAGUUUACUGAAAAGUAUACAUCACUAUGCCUCUCACUGCAUGAAAACCUGUCCUCCCUCCCAUGCAUCUCAAAGACGCACCUGCCCAUGUUAUUGUAGUGUGGGCUACACAAUUCCACAUGAAUAGUUUGAGAUUUUGUAUCAUGCCUAUAACAGGCCCACUCAUUUGAGAAGUCACUAAUAUAUGUAAUUGACAAGUCACUCAUGCAAGAUAUGUAAAUAGUACAGUAUCUGUGAAGAUAGGAGAGGUCUAGAGAACAGGUGUUUAAAUUGACAUGGUGUUUAGGUUACCAAGAAUAGGUCUAGAGAACAGGUGUUUAAAUUGACAUGGUGUUUAGGUUACCAAGAAUAGGUCUAGAGAACAGGUGUUUAAAUUGACAUGGUGUUUAGGUUACCAAGAAUAGGUCUAGAGAACAGGUGCCUGCUACAUUCCUAUUCUAAAAGGUCUCCGGUUGUAGACCUACUGUACACUUGUGUACAUCUCCCUGGCCUCUCUGUGCCUCUGUAGUCAGAUCAUCAUCAUCUGCCAGGCCUCUGAAAGUAUCCUCUUCCCUUCCUCCUGCCUGUUGACUGAUCAUCGCCACCGGUCUGACAGACAGUGAAGAUGAAAGCAAGGUUCCUUCCCACCAUAUUGCUUUGAGUCUUGUUGUCAUUCACUUCAGAUCAUUGAUGAGAACCUUGAAGAAGGGAGGAGGCAUUUCCUCCGUUUUUCGAUUGAGGCGCUAAUUUACCCCUCUCUUUAGGUGGUUGAAGAUGCACUCCAGGAUUUAAAGAACAACAAUUCCUAACAUAUUGCACAAAUGUGAUUAGUAACAGUCACACGAAGUAGAUGACGUUCUACACAAUUGGAUGACGUAGUAGGCUACACAAAAAAACUGAUCAGUUUCGGCUGGUGAGCACCACUUUCAAAACUACUGGCUGAAAUUAUAGAAAAGCUCUGGAGUGCAUCUUUAAUUGCCAUGUGCUUGACAUGUUUCCAAAGCAAACAGAUUCCUCUGGCCUGUUGCCUGUGUAACUGAUGUGAAAUGGCUAGCUAGUUAGCGGGGUGCGAGCUAAUAGCGUUUCAAUCGGUGACGUCACUCGCUCUGAGACCUUGAAUUGUUCCCCUUGCUCUGCAAGGGCCGCGGCUUUUGUGGAGCGAUGGGUAACGAUGGGUAACGAUGGGAGGCAGUUGUUGAUGUGUGCAGAGGGUCCCUGGUUCGAGCCCAGGCAGGGGCAAGGAGAGGGACAGAAGCUAAACUGUUACACCUGUAUGGUUGGGGAUCAUCAGGGGCAUAUUGAGAGAUGCCAUGAGAAUGGAGUAGGAUCCUCAAAGUCUGAGGCACAGUUUUUGCAAUGCCUAUGGAACUGAGAGACUAAAAUGAGAGGGAUUGGAUUUGUCAAUAUUAGUCAAUAGGCCAGGGGCAUUGAAAUCAGGGCCUGCUGUGCUGCACUGGUUUCCCUAUAAUCAGAGACUGAUGGUUGGACUCUCAGUACAAUCAAUGAUAUUAAUCAAACACUUAACUACUAUAGAAUGAUAAAUAAUACCAACAGUACUACUGUAGACCAUAAGGCCUAUAUUUACACAGCCCUGAAGCGAUUUAGCUUUGUAUUUACUUUCUACUGUACGUGCUCUGUGUAGAACAGACACUGUUGGGCCCUCUUCCUAAAGACGUGUCUUUUAGGAUUCACAUAAAUAAUAUGCACAUAGGAGAUGGCUGGGAUAUACGCAAGUUAUAUCUAAGUACUUACUGCCCUAACAAAUUCACUUUAACAUUGCCUCACAACCAAACCUGAUUAUGGGCCUGAGCUCUAAAGAUGGCCACACCUGCUUCAAUCAACCUGUUAGACUGUCAGUAUAACCUUUAGAAGAUGCACUUUCACCCUCUUAUUUGACACAAGUAAAGGGUUUAUAUACUGUAUAUGGUCUAUUAUUGUAUUCAUUAAUUAUGAAUUCUAAAAAGAAAACUUGGAUGUUUUUGAGUUUGUUGAAAAUGUCGUCGUUGUUAUUAAGGUACUAAAAUGUAUUUGCACAGAUAAAUGUUAGCUAUGUGCUGUUUAACACGGUUCAGUAUUUAAUAAAA